AUGAGUCAGUUCGGUACAGAUAUCGUUUCCGGUUCAGAAACACCACCUUAUUCGGGGGGCAGCUAUGAAGACGCUAAAGACGAUAAUGCCAACGCUCACUCACCAUACGUUGGCGCAGGGAAAUCCGGCGACGGUAGCGGUGUAAGUGGGGCCAGUGCACAUGGCGGCUGCUCGAGAGGCAGCAGCGGUGACGAUGAUGAUUAUGAUGACUCCGGCGCUAAGACGAAAAUGGUGGAUAACAUUACCAUUUUGAAAUAUUUGUUGGAUUCGCUGUCUGGUAGAGACAAGUUUGCUAAAAUUAUCAAAUAUGCCUUGGACAUACUGAAACUGUUCAUUGAAAAGUCCAAGAAAAACCUAACUGUUCUAGACCCUUCCGUGUUGACCUACUAUACCAAAAUCCUAAAGAAUUUGACUAUAAAGGUCGCUCUAAGGCAUCCCAUCACAGUGAUUAAGGUUAUGCUUUUGUCUGUUCUGAAAAAUUUUGAUAAGAAAAUUGACUUCAUCAGCCAACAAUUAAGCACGUUUAGAUACAUCCUAAGAUUCGGCGGGACCCCAUUCAGGUUGGUUAGCUUGUUGGGGAAGCUCAACAGGACUAGGAAAUGCAACUUCCAAGUCGACCAAAUCAAGAAAAUAUGGUUUAAUGAAGCCUCACUCAGAGAGUUUUUGGAUUUGUACUACGGAAUCUUUGAUGAACUAGACCUCCUGUACAAGUUGAAAAUUUGGUCGAACAAAUCUUUCUAUUCCUUUGUCAGUAGACAAGAGUCGCUCUCAUGGCAGUACGAUAUCCUGCUCAGCUUGAAGGAUAACUGGCUCAACCUGCAAAACUUACAAAGAAAACAAAUGGAAUUGGAGGUCCAACUAAAAGUACAAAAUAACGCCCUACUACUAUCGCCCAUAAUUAUGCACAAGGCCCGUGACGAUGCCUCCCAAUCGCCAAUUAGAAAGCAACUGUUGAGCGACCUAAACGCAGACAACAAGCCAGAACUGCUAAUACGCAAGCAACUGAAGGCCAUCAAGGACGAAAAAACCCUUUUGUAUCUAGACAUCACAAGACUCUCUUUCGACUGUAUGGCCAAUACGUCUGACAUUCUGAAUUUGAAAACUCCAAAGGGGACGUACGCAGUUUUGUCUCUAGGGUCCGGCUUAACUGGACUGGUCAAACUUUGGAUAACGGCAAAGAGGAAGCUUUGUUCCUCAAACGAUUAA